AGAAAUGAAUAUCUUGAAAAGCUCAAGACAAUCCUCCAUAAACCUAACAAGUCACAGCUUGAUAAUAGGUUUGUUAACAAUAAGUUUGAUCUUACUCAAACCCUCAAACGCCUUGAAAAAUCUGCAGCUAAGCCUGUUACAAUUCAAGACCUGCAGGUUGAAAUCAGUUCUCUUAAAUCUGAGGUUCGUGACCUCAAAAAGAAGCAACAGCUACAUGAGACUUUCAUAUCUCAAAUAACUGAAGCUUUUUCCGAUAACAUGGUUCGGCAUGACCAUGACAAUCCCAGUGAUGAUCAUGAAUCUGACCAUGUCUCCACUGAUGAUGAUGAUACCCUCUUCAACGCUCUGAUCAAUCAUUGUAGCAUUCAAAAAUUCUAUAUUGAUGUUACUAUCUCAGUCGAAGAUUUUGUCUUAAAAACAAUCGCUUUGUUUGACACCGGAGCUGAUUCUAACUGUAUUCUGGAAGGACUCAUUCCAACCAAAUACUUCCACAAAACCUCCGAGAAGCUUAGGACUGCUAGUGGUUCACGACUAGAAAUCCAGUAUAAGCUCCCAUCCGCAAUCAUUCAAAAUGAUAAUCUCCAGGUUGAAACUCCAUUUCUCCUGGUAAAAAAUCUUAAGAAUGAUGUUAUCCUUGGAACACCAUUCAUCAAAUCCAUUUUCCCUAUUAAGAUAUCUGAUGAAGGUAUAUCUACCCAAUAUCUAGGAAAAACAAUCAUGUUCAAAUUCCUGAAUAAACCUCUCUUUCGUAACAUCAAUCAGAUUGAUAGAAAGCUUAAUCAAAUCAAUUUCCUUAAGGAAGAAAUCGAUGUGCUCGUCCGGAUCCGUGGUGUCGUCGUAACGGUCGAUGUGGAGAGGCUUCCACCCGAAAGGGAGAGGUGUUUCCAUGAUGUCGUCCACAAAAGGAUGACGGCGAAAGGUUGCCUGAUUUCCCGUGAUGUGGGCAGGAGCGUUGCUUACGUCAUGUGCUGA